AUGGCCCCAUUUUGCCCCAAGGGCGCCCACAUCGCUGCCGCGGGUGAAGACGCCCUCCAAGUUGCCGAGCUCCAAGAAAUGGGUGGAUACGUGGACGUACUGCCCCUAGGCCCUGUCCCGAUCCUACUGGCUCGUGUUGUCUACAAGAGGAGUGUCUAUCGAAGAAGUGUGGCGGCCGCGGAGAGCGAUGGCACUCUGGGAGUGGCAGAACGCUACUCAUCCGAAGACUGGUACGAGCACCUGCAAAACUUUCCGAUGUCUGAAAUCCUGAAACGGGUGAAGUCGCACCUCGCGUUUAACGCCGUCUUCGCCAUGCUGAUCUUCGUCGUCAACUUUUUUACCGACUCGGUCCGUCCACCGCCUCUGGCGCUCCUGAGCGCGUGUUCCACUGCUCUCGGUCUGCUCCUGGUCUUCAGGACCAACGCAGCCUACGAACGCUGGUGUGCUGGGUAUCGGUGUGUCCGAGAGACCAAAUCUCACCUGCAGCAGCUGCGGCGCUUGGCACGACUCUGGAUGACAGAAGAAGAUCAAGAAUGGAUGGAUGGUCAGCUGGCGACUUUCCCCGCCUACUUGGGCACCUUCCUCGGGGGCGGAGUCGGGGCUCGUGGGAAGUCCUGGGCCUUGCUCAGCGAGAUGGAGCGAGACCCACGUGAGAUCCUUGUGACCUUCGGCGAAGGGCUCUACAAGUGCCUGGCCAAAGAUGCCUCGCCGGCGGCGCUCUACACUGAGGACCGAAUGCAGGGCCACAUUACUGCGGCGUUGGCCAGUAUUGAGGAAAUGGCUCAGAUCGUGACUGUUCCAGUCGCCCGAGAAUAUUCCAGACACGCCUCCCGCUUUCUGACGGUAUACCUUCUGAUCUUGCCGUUUGCUUUAGUGGAGCUUGGUUCCUUCAUGCCUGUGGCGGUCCUCGUCAUCGCUUGGGCAUUAAUCGCCAUUGAGGAGAUCGGCCAUACUUUGGAAGACCCUUUCAACAGCCCGACACAGCCUUUGAACGUGCAGGCCUACUUGGAGCAGCCACUGGGCUAUGAGCCCCUCAUGCAAGCACAGCGGCCUUUCGAGGUGCUUGAGCCAAAGGAGCCGGAGAAACAGGACGAGCCUGAGCCGGCCAAGCACACCAAGCCUGCUGAGGAGGACAAAGGAGCUGAUGGCAGCGGUGGGGAAGCUGCAGAGGCAGACUCGAGCAAGGAGGCGGACCCGAACGAGGAUGCGCCAGCACCAUGA